GCCACCAUGCCGCCACGCCGCCAGGGACCUUCGGGCUACCGCGGUGUCCGCGAGCGCCCCAACGGCUGGUACUCUGCCGAGAUCCGGUCCGGCAACGUCCGGCUCGGCCUCGGCUCAUUCCGGACCGCGCACGAGGCAGCUCGUGCGUACGACGCAGCGGCGUGGCGCUUGGAGAGGCCCCCAUCGCAGAUGAACUUUCGGGACGUCCACACGCGCGAGCAGGCGCAACGCGUCGCCCCUCCGCCUCGUCUGAUCACGGACCAGGACCAUGCGGACCACGUUCGGCUGCAGCGCUGCCUCCUCUUCAUCGAGGAGGACGAGCGAGCCAUGGUGGAGUGGCGCCAACGCCACCCGGAGGACGUCGCCGCCGAGAACGCCUUCUGGGCGGAGAGGACGGCAAGGCGCCGCGCGGAGCGUGCCAACAUGCGUCGGCGCAAGGCACUGGCCAUAUCGCAGUGCGAUAUCGUUGAGGCAAGCAGGACGUCGAUCUUCUCCCCUAACGAUGACCGUUGGGAUGACAUGUGGCUCGAUACCUCGGACAACACCACCGAGGAUGAUGAUGAUGACGACUGGGAGUAG